AUGAGUAAUUCGACACAACUUCGUUGCGAGUACAAUCAUUGGUGGCGGAGGAGAAGCCUACGAACGAGGAAUGAACAUCGUCACAGGCUAAAGCAGAGUGCUGUGUUAUCGCCAUUCCCUUCGGCCUCCCAGGCGGUGGGCUGUGACCAGAAAUCUAUCUCUUCACCGCCGUUGUAUCAAGAAAGUGUCGACCUUGAGAAAGCACUUCCUCUCUUCCCGUCUCCUCCACCGACUGCCCGCAUUGAUGCCGUCAGUGACCCAGUUUCUGCGCCUUCCACAGGCCUUCCUCUGCCGCAAAAGCGGACCUCAUGGACACAGCAGCGAGCAAUCAACCACCCACCCACCAGAGUCAUACGAAUUGGUCGAUAUCUUCGUUACUCGGCAUUCACCGUCUACCGGAGACUCUUUACACUCGUCUUUGUGCUCAACAGCCUCGGCGCGCUCAUCCUUGUCCAACACCAUGGGCGUCGAUUUGAGCGCGCCUUCACACUCGACAUCCUCGCGGCACUUGCGAGUUCAAACUUCCUACUCGCCAUACUCGUUCGACAGGACUUCGUCGUUAACCUCCUUUUCCGAACUACGUGGCUGGUCCCGUGGUAUGUGCCGCUAAGGAUACGAAAGGCUGCGGCUCGAGUGUACUGCUAUGGUGGUGUCCAUAGCGGUGCUGCUAUUGCGGGGACGCUAUGGUGGGUGAUAUUCACUGUGGCAUUGAGCUGGAUGUUUGCGCGGGCGGGGCUGUACAUGUUUGUCAUUACGAUCCUGACAUGGGUGCUGCUUGUUCUGCUACUCACGAUAUUAUUACUCGCUCUGCCAUCUCUUCGCGCGCGGUACCAUGAUACUUUCGAGAUCACGCACCGAUUCUUGGGCUGGACCUCGAUUGCUUUGUUUUGGGCUCAACUUCUACUGCUCACUCAACAUUCCGCUACAUCGACCGUUUCACUCUUGACUUCACCUGGUUUUCUUACUCUCCUCAUCCUGAACCCAACAUUCUAUACCCUCUCACUCACCACCCUUUUCCUCAUCUAUCCCUGGCUCCACCUUCGCCGCUGGACCUUCACCGCCACCCCAUUAUCUCCUCACGCCCUGCUUCUCUCAUUCCCUAACCAAAUCCAUAAAUUCUCCUGCCUGAGCAUUUCGACCUCCCCACUCAGAGAAUGGCACCCUUUCGCCACAUUUCCUUCUUCUUCCCGUUGCCCCAAUCAUCCCCAGUCAGACCGCACUCCCCCCAGCACCGGCAUCGUCAUCUCCUCCGCCGGAAACUGGACCAGCAGCCUCAUUCUCGCCGCACAGGCCAAAAUGACUUCCCAGCUCUCCAUGCCCUCCCAGCAAACGGGCAGGGAGAAGGGUACGGAAGGCGAUGUCCGCAUGCGUUUCUGGGUAAAAGGCCACCCGAAAGCUGGAGUCCUCAGCCUUUCCUGUCUAUUCCCCCGCGUCAUAAUUCUUACCACUGGUUCAGGCGUUGGCCCUGCCCUUUCUUCCCUCCUUGACCGUCCACGUGGCCAAUUUGUGCGACUAAUCUGGUCGACGCGAACACCGCUACAUACAUAUGGUGCAAGGAUGCUCAGUCUAGUGCAUGAGGCAGAUGAAAAUGCAUUGAUCAUUGAUACGAGCGCCAUGGGCAGACCGGACCUGCUUGAGGUGGCAUUGAGGGUGUAUAAAGAGGUGCAGGCGGAAGCAGUAUUUGUAUUGAGUAACGAGAAGGUGACCAGACUGGUUGUUGGGGGUUUGGAGAAGAGGGGCGUCUGCGCUUUUGGACCUAUCUGGGAUUCUUGA